AAAACUGGAAGCUUUUGGGAAGUGCGGGAGUUUGGAGUCCGGAGGCGCUGAGUCAUUGCUGUGGGCCGGAGGGAGGGCGCCAUGUAUCCUGAUCCGACGGCCAUGAGUCGCCCGAUUGGACGGGAGCCUGGACUCCGUUCAACUCGACACUAGCCACGUGUCCGCUUGCCUCCUUCGCAGAUUACGACGAUCAGUUCUCCAUUUCCUCGCGAUUAACUUGCGGCGACUCGAAGUAGAAGAAUAUCCCGAGAUUCUGGCUCUCGCUCCCUCUCAAUCUCGCCGUCGCUGCUCUUCGUCUCUUGCGUUCCCUCCGCACCCCUCUCUCUGUCUCAUUGGCAGCACCCCAAGAAGAAGAAGUGGUCGUCUUCUCCGAUUGGUCCUCUGAUCGAUCUUCAUUCUGAAACCCGUCGAUUGCAAAAAAUGCCUGGGUUUUAAUGGAUGGAAGCGGUUGUCCUGCUUCUUGAUCGUGGAAUUUCUUAGACGAUGGAGAGUCUAGAGAGCAUUGUGCUCUAUAUGUCAAUAUCUCUAGGACUCCAUGUUUACAAAGUGAAAUAGAUAUCUCUGACGCGGGAUGAGUCCUUUUCGGCAUCCGGGGGACGCAGAUCUCUGAUCGAACCAGAGGGGAGUUCCAUAAGAAGGUUCGACUGUUUCUGGUUUCCUUCCGGCAUCUCUCUCUCUCUCUCUGAGAAGUCGCAACCGGAGGAGAAUGUCGUGCAUGAACGAGCAUGCUCUGAGAAUGAGUUCGUCUUCCAAUUUGGAUCGGUUUCUGGACUGCACGACUCCAUCAGUACCUGCCAUCCCUCUGAAGAAGGGGAUGGAGGAGAGCAGGGCGUGGGAGCCUCUGGAGGAGAUGCCGACCCAAUACUUUGGGUUGGGUGAUCUUUGGAGGUGCUUCGACGAGUGGAGCGCGUACGGUGUAGGCGUGCCCGUGCUCGUCAAUGGCAAGGAGAGGGUGGUGCAGUACUACGUCCCCUACCUCUCCGCGCUUCAGAUCUACACCACCACUCCCCUUAAGACGGCCCUCUCCAACCCUCUCAGAAACCGUCAGGGGGAAUGCAACGACUCCGAUACGCACAUCGGAAGUGAGACUAGCAGCUCGAGCGAUUCCGAGAGCAGUCGGUCGCUGAGCUUCAGGAGCAGCGGGAGCGGCAGCAGCGAAAAGUCAGAAUCGUGGGAUUGUGGGUCCGAUGAUUCGAUGGGGGAGCAGGACAGCUCCUGGUGCCCAAGGGGCCGGCUGGGUCACCUCUAUCUCGAAUAUUUUGAGCACGCGCCUCCCCAUGCCAGAGCCCCCCUCCUCCAAAAGAUCAAUCAGCUGAGCCAGGAAUAUCCGGAGCUAUACCGCUUGAGAAGCAUCGACCUUUCUGCAGCCAGUUGGAUAUCCGUGGCGUGGUACCCUAUCUACCACAUCCCUGCUAGACGAGCGGUGCGGGAUCUGUCAGCGUGUUUCCUCACUUACCAUACGCUUUCGUUUCCCUUUCAAGACAGCCACGACGAGUCUCCACCAAAUGCUGCUGCGGAGAAGGAAGAGCCGUCGUCCGUGAUCCGGCUGCCACCAUUCGGUGUCGCCACGUACAAGCUGAGCGGGGAGGUGUGGUUGUCGGACGCUGCCUGGGACCAGGAUCGCAUCUACUCACUGUGGACCUCCGCCCUGUCCUGGCUUGCUCAGCUGCAGCUUCACCACCCCGAUUUCCGCUUCUUCCUAGAGCACAGAGAAUAAACAAACCACCUCUCUCGCUCGCUCGCUUCUCUUACUUUCUCGCUCUCGCUCUCUCCCAUGACAGUGACACCCGUAGGGCUACUACGUACCGUUGCUUGCUCCCUGUAAUAUGACGACCCCCGCUUCCUUGAACACAGAGAGGGAGAGCGUUGGAGGUUUCCGUUGUGAAUAGUUUUCGUGGUUUUUGACCGACUCUUUUCGAUUACUAAUGUUAGGUUGCAUGUACCCCUGUGGAUGCUUGGUGAUGCACGAUCUGAUGAAAGUCAGAGAUAGCCGCCCUCCAUGUUUAAUAGUGAACGUUUCCUUGCUUGAGGACAAUGUCUUUCGUUGUUUUUCA